AUGGACAGAAUGCUAUCGAAAUACUCCUGGAAGACGGAGUUCUGGCAGAACCCUUGGGACCAGGGGGGCCUGGCAGUGAUCAUCCUGUUCUUCACCACGGUCCUGUCUCUCAUCUUGUUUGCUAUUAUCUUUGGUUUCCUCCCCGUGAACAAAACAACCAACCAGGAUGAAGAGUCGUGACCUGACUUUCUGAAGGCCAAGGGGGCCACUCUCAAAACACUAUGUACUCUUUCUUCAAAGCCCUUUAACAGUCUGGAAUUAAACAUUUUUCAUAUAAUCAUCUGAUAAA